UUCGUUGCUGAUAGUUUUUUUGUCAUUCAGCCGCAGUGAGCCGCUUCAUACUGCCGCUUGCUUCAUCGGCCCGCUUUUCGGCUCUCUGUCAUUUUGUGAGAGUAAAAACGUUUAGCGUGUCUUUUCGGCGUGAGCGAAAUGUCGGAAGACAAAAAGGACGUCAAACCCGACAACGAGCAUAUAAAUCUGAAGGUUGUUGGACAGGAUGGCAGCGUUGUGCAUUUUAAAAUCAAAAAGCACACGCCACUGCGGAAGCUCAUGACCACUUACUGUGAUCGGGCGGGCCUGAGCAUCCAGAAUGUUAGGUUCCGAUUUGACGGCCAGCCGAUCAAUGAAACUGAUACCCCUGCAGGCCUCGACAUGGAGGAUGAUGACACAAUUGACGUUUUCCAACAGCAGACGGGUGGUUGCAGCACGCAAAGAGGAAAAGCAGUGUGACAUUCGCCAGCCUGAGUUACAACCGCAUCGGGCGAAGGGCAACUCGUCUUUUUUUUUGUAAAUAAUUGAGUAAACAAACUCGAAGCACUUCAUGCAGCCUGCCUCUGAUAUCUGCUGAGGAAGGCGACAUAGGUCUUAUUUUUUAUCCUCUUUAUGUACAGUGUUACAGUUCGUCAAAUGGCCUUCUUCCCCCCCCCCCCCCCCUCCCGUAUGUCCUAUCAUUUCAGUUUCUUAUUCAGUAUGCUUUGCCUGCUUGUUCCCCACCUCAUCUUCACUUUUUUUCCCUUCAAACGCCUGCUGAAGACAAAUUCUCCCUGUCGUGUCUGCAUUGUUUAAAAGUACGAAACGUCAAUCUUUCAUUGUGCUUGCGUCUAUGUCAUCAAUAAAAGUGUUCGGUUCACUCGUAAACCUGUCCCAACUAGUACAGCCUUGCACCACUCUUAAAUUGCGAAUGUGAAGACUGACCGUAUUAAAACUUGUCUUUGCUAAC